AUGGACAGUCAGAUUACCCACCGUGCAGAAAAACAUGGAAACGCUCAAAAGGGGGGUGCCAAAAAACACUAUUUGCCUGAAAACAUCACACCAGUGAAGCAGAAGCCCUCCAAGGAGCUGAGGCCCAUGCUCGGGGCCAUCUUGCUGGGCCUCAUCCUGUUCAUUGCUGCAGUGGUGGCCUGGUGCUACUACACAGUGUCCCUGCGGAAGGCGGAGCGGCUCAAGACGGAGUUGAUGGACCUGCGGGCAGACGGCUUCGUCAUCAGGAACCAGCACGGGGAGGUGGUGUUCCGUCUGGCCUUCCGCUCGGGCAGCCUUGACCUGGAGUCGUGUUCCAAGGAGGGCGAGAUUUUGGGCUGCACGCGGUCGGGCGGGGGGCCGCUCAACUUCUUCAUCCAGACGGUGAAGCCCAAGGACACGGUGAUGUGCUACCGCGUGCGCUGGGAGGAGCUGGCGGCCGGCCCGGCGGUGGAGCACACCAUGUUCUGGGAGGACGCCCACUGGUACGGGGGCUCGGAGAUGAGCACCCAGCACUGGCCCAUCCGCCUGGCCGGCUACCAGGAGCCCGUGCCCUACGUGACGAGUGACGUCUACUCCUUCCGCGACAGCUUUGGAGGCAUCCUUGAACGCUACUGGCUCUCCUCCAAGGCGGCGGCCAUCAAGAUCAACGACUCUGUGCCCUUCCACCUGGGCUUCAAUGCCACCGAGCGCGCCCUCUUCUUCCAGGCCCGCUACAAGGACUCACCCUACAAGCCCCCACCGGGGCAGCCGCCCUUCCCCGAGCUCAGCUACCGAGUCUGUGUGGGCUCCGAUGUCACCUCCAUCCACAAGUACAUGGUGCGCAGGUACUUCAACAAGCCCUCCAAGAUCCCUGCGGAGAACGCCUUCCGAUACCCAAUCUGGUCCACCUGGGCCCUCUACAAGAACAAUAUUGACCAGGAUAAACUUUUGCGAUUUGCUGAAAAGAUCAAGAAGUACCGUUUUAACUGCAGCCAUAUUGAAAUCGAUGACAUGUACACACAAGCCUAUGGGGACUUUGACUUUGACCCCAUUAAGUUCCCCAACGUAACAGAGAUGUUUGCAAAACUGAGGGAAGAUGGGUUUAAGGUCACCCUCUGGGUUCAUCCCUUUGUACACAUAGAUUCCUCCAAUUUUGAAGUGGGAAUCAAGCGUCAGCUGUUCAUCAAGGAGCCAUCGGGGCGGCUGCCAGCCAUGGUGGAGUGGUGGAACGGCAUCGGGGCCAUCCUGGACUUCACCAACCCAGCAGCCCGAGACUGGUUCCAGAGCCACCUGCGCCAGCUCCGACACAAGUAUGGCAUCUCGUCCUUCAAGUUCGAUGCGGGUGAGACCAGCUACCUGCCCAAGCAGUUCAGCACCUUCCGCCCACUCUCAGACCCCAGCAUCUGGUCACGGCGCUACACGGAGAUGGCCAUCCCCUUCUACGAGCUGGCUGAGGUGCGGGUGGGCUACCAGUCGCAGAACAUCUCCUGCUUCUUCCGUAUCAUUGACCGUGACUCUGUCUGGGGCUACGAGCUCGGCCUCAAGUCCCUCAUCCCCACUGUGCUCACCAUCAGCAUGCUGGGGUACCCAUUUAUACUGCCUGAUAUGAUUGGAGGAAACUUCCUCCCCAACAAGACCGAUGGGGCAGUGGAGAUCCCUGACCGGGAGUUGUACGUGCGGUGGCUGGAGCUGUCGGCUUUCAUGCCCUCCAUGCAGUUCUCCAUCCCGCCCUGGCUCUACGACAAGGAGGUGGUGGAGAUUGCACAGAAGUUCACGGAGCUUCACGAGUCACUGGUGGCCCCGCUGCUGCUGGAGCUGGCUGGGGAGGUCACCGACACAGGCGACCCCAUCAUCCGUCCCAUCUGGUGGAUCUCACCCCAUGAUGAGGCUGCUCACAGGAUCGACUCCCAGUUCCUCAUUGGGGACACCCUCAUGGUGGCCCCCGUCCUGGAGAUGGGCAAGCAGGAGCGUGAUGUCUACCUGCCGGCGGGCAAGUGGCGCAGCUACAAGGGGGAGUUGUUUGAGAAGACCCCGGUGCUGCUGACGGACUAUCCUGUUGACCUGGACGAAGUUGCCUAUUUCCUCUGGGUUUCCUAA